AUGGCCGUACGAAUACAUCAACGCAAAUACAAUCAACAAAAUGAACUGCAAUCAAACGUCAGAGACAGAAAUUCAUUGCUAAAUAUUUUGAAAGUUCUACGCAUUAUAUUGCAAUUUCUGGGAGUAGUACCAAUUAUGGGAACAUCGAAAAUUUUGACUCGAUUGCAGCAAAUCUGGUGCUCACUUUUGUUACUGCUAAUAUGGGUAAUGUGUGGUCAACAGACCCAAAGUUUACCGGAAUCGUUUACAACCAUUGAAAAAGGAUUUUAUUUAAGUGAAUUGAUAUUUAAUUCAAUGUUACCCGUGCCCAUUUAUUUCAUCAGUUUUGUUAAUCGAACGAAAUUUCUUAAAAUUUACGAACAUAUAGUCAGUAUCUAUGAACAAUUGAAACUUUGCCGUGGCUCUGAGAUACGACCUCCUACACCGAUAUAUCGCCAACUCAAAAAAGAAGUUUUAUUGCUAACAUUUCUACUUUUUUCAUUUUAUUUAUUUUGUAUUUUAAUUAAUGUGGUCAACAAUCAUGGCUUUACUAUCUACGUUAUGCAAUUAGUUUGUGCCUUCCAUUUGCCCAAUAUGUUGAUUAGUACAAAUUUAUGUCUCUAUUGGUUGACCUUACGUGUCAUAUCUCUUUCGAAUUCUUAUUCGAAUACCAUUUUAGAAAGCUUUCACGAGUUCUCAAUUCCUCCCAAUUCUUCCAGUUUAAAUAUUACUCAUCUUUCUAGUUCACUUUGGUAUAAACAAGAAUUUUUUACUUUUAAUAUUAGAAAGUCUUUAAAGUACAAUGAUAUUUUUAUAACCCUUACCGAGAUCAGUUCAAGUUUGGAUCAGUUAAGGCGUGAAGUAACUGAUAUAUUUCGUUUAGUUUUAAUAUUGAAUUUUGUUAAUUCAUUUAUGAUUUUGUCCAUACAAUAUUUUGCGGUCUAUAAAUAUUUCGAUAGUCCAGAUGUGCGUAAAAUGUUGGUGUUUUUAUUGAAAUUUGCUCGUCUCGUGCUGCAUACGUUUAAUAUUAUUUUUGUUUUAUGCUCGAAUAAUGCUAUAAUUAAAGAGAAGUGUCAUACUAUUUAUAUUCUGAAUAGUUUGCCUGUGGAAGCUUUAGAUAUGGAAAGGAAUAUAAGCGGAUUUCUGUUACAAUUAAUGGUACGUAAACAUACGGUGUCGGUAUGUGAUAUAUUUGAUCUGGAUUUGACAUUCAUACUUUCGAUUAUCAGUGCUUUAUCUACUUAUGUAAUAUUCCUGAUACAAAUUGACCUGGGUGCUGUUUCGAUUGAAGAAAGAACUGCUACUAAUGCCAGUUAA